AUAUAUCUUUGAUUCUUUAGUUUUGAUAUAAAAUGGUGCUAAAUAUUCUUUCAGGUAAAUUAUGGAAGAUUUGGGACGAUGGACACUGGUGUUUACACCUGGAAAUAAGGGAGGGGCAACGGUGGCGAGCUGAAGAGGAUACUUUGUUGCGUGCAUAUGUGAGACAUUAUGGACCAAAAGAAUGGCACACAUCUCUCAACUACCUCAAACCAGGGAUUAGAAAAGGAUCACUCACUGAAGAGGAACAACGUCUUGUUAUCCAGCUACAAGCCAAACACGGUAACAAAUGGAAGAAUAUAGCAGCUGAAGUACCAGGUAGACCUGCUAAACAAUUAGGAAAGUAUUCGAAAGAGAAGCAACAGAGAGAGCAGAAAGAAAACAAUAAGGUUGUUGAUCCAUUAGACGAGGGAAAAUACCAUCACAUUCUGGAGAGUACCUUUCGAAGAUUAUGAAAGAGCGGAGUGUCCCAGGUUUUACUUAUGGCUACUUCCAAUGGAGGUUUCCUUCAUGCAGUUGCACCAGCUCCGGCUCCACAAAGUUGAACAUGAUUUUACCGUUACAGUUUACUAGUUACAACUUCAUCUCGUACCAGUUUGAAACAAGAAAAUAGGUUUGAUGAUUGCAACACGCAUAAAACGAAUCACACUUUAAUUAUUUUUUUGGCUGACAUACAAAAGAAAAGAGAAAACGAGCGAAACUAAGUUGAGGAUCUACUUGGUAUUGGCUUUCGGUGAAUAUCAAUUUCCAAGUAUGACAUGAAGAAAAAAAAAUAUCAUACAUAAUGAAUGU